GUUGAAAGAAUUAGACAUGAAAUGGAUCCUCUGAUAUAAUUUGUUCUUGAAAUAAAUUCCCCAAAAACACUUGAGUUCCCAUUGGUCUUCUACAGCGAAUCACAUGUUCAGGUCAGCUUCAUAAAGAAGCUAAUCUAAACUAAGCUCUCCAUUUUAUUUUCCUCCCUCUUAUUGAGAGUUGCUGAUUUUUCCCUGCAGCACAUUGUCUAACAAGCUCUACAGCAUGUGUGAGCUGUUUGUGGGAAUCUGGAAACUUGUCUCCAGUGAAAAAUUUGAGGACUAUAUGAAGGAGCUGGGUGUGGGUUUAGCUACCAGGAAACUGGGCAGCCUGGCCAAACCCACUGUGACAAUUAGCAUUGAUGGUGAUGUGAUAACCAUUGCAACCAAGAGUACUUUCAAAAGUACUGAGGUGUCCUUCAAGCUGGGGGAGGAGUUUGAGGAAACCACAGCAGAUGACAGGAAAACCAAAAGCAUUGUCACCUUGGAAGAAGGCUCACUAAGUCAGGUGCAGAAGUGGGAUGGUAAACAGACCACAAUAAGGAGAAAACUAGCAGAUGGGAAAAUGAUUGUGGAAUACACCAUGAACAACAUCACUUGCACUAGAGUCUAUGAGAGAGCAUGA